AUGGAGACCUCCGGAGGCCACAUUUCCUUGAUUCCUUCAGGCCCCCCCCCCCCCCCCCCUCUCCUCGCAGGGAUGGCAUACGUCGAUUCGGAUGACGGAAAACAAUUGCAGCAGAUGUUUUUGUACAGAUUUGCCGUCUCCAGCCGCGCCGACAACUCCAGCUGUCCCUGCACAGGUUACCACACGGCCGAAACCGACGGCCGCAGCCCCGUUGGUAUUCCCCAGGGGGGACCACUACCCAGUGGCCAGUGGGCCAGUGCCAAGACCGUUACCAGGGCACAUUUCGCGGCGAACACCUUUUUUGGACUCGGUGGAUCAGUGACCGUAGUCUGGGUCCCCGGUAUCUCUGGUUGUCCUGACAAAGGGAGAGCUGCGGUGGCAGUGGCAGAUCUUCGGAUAUUCGGCGACCAUCUGGCCCGAGGCCAGAAUGCUCCCCCUACAACUUACACCAUCGACUUCACCAUGAGCAGUGCCUCAAACCCCCUCGCGCACCUGCGCAACAACACCGCCGAAUGGUGGUUCAAGGACCGUGGUCUCCGUCAACUGGCGUUGGGCAUCGCUGUCGGCUUUUCUAGCAGUGUCACCCUCGGAUACGACGGAUCCGUCAUGACCGGUCUUCAGGCCAACCCGCUUUUCAUGACCGCCAUCGAGAACCCUGGCGCGACGAUGCUCGGCACCGUCGUCGCCGCGCAGUCCAUGGGUGCCAUUCCUGCGUACGUCCCCGGUGCCAUGCUUUCCGACAAGUUUGGCCGUAAGGCCAUUAUGUCCCUCGCCUAUGUCGUUAUCAUCGCUGGCGCCCUCGUUCAAACAUUUACAACUGGCCCUUGGAAGCUGUUUGGCGGACGUUUCAUUGUCGGGUUUGGCGGCUCCUUGGCCAAUGUCGCUGGUGGACCGUACACUACCGAAAUUGCCCACCCUCGCAACCGCGCCCAGACGACUGCCCUUAUUCAGACUUGCUACUACAUUGGUGGCAUUAUCGCUGCAUGGGUGACAUUUGGCGCCGUUUACAUGGAGGGCACCAAUUGGAGCUGGCGCAUGUGCUGCCUGUUCCAAAUCAUCAUUCCUGCCAUGGCCCUUUGCACCAUUCCAUUCAUUCCCGAGUCGCCACGCUGGCUCGUUGCUAAAGGACGCUUUGAAGAGGCCCACGCCAUACUGGCAAAAUACCAUGCCAACGGCGACAUGGAGGAUGAGCUUGUCUUGUACGAGCUUGAGGAAAUCAAGGAGGCCAUCGACCUUGAGAGCAGCGCUGCGCAAUCUACGAGUUACAUGACCUUUUUCAAGACCAGGGGCAACCUCUGGCGUUUGUCUAUCAUUAUUUCAAUUGGGUUUACGAGCCAGUGGAUCGGAAACGGUGUCAUUAGUUACUACCUCGUUUCCAUCCUCGAGUCUGUGGGCAUCACCAACUCUGCACAGCAAACGGGCUACAACGGUGGUCUCCAGGUCUUCAACUGGCUCGCCGCAAUCGGCGGCUCUCUUGUCUCGGAGCGCUUUGGUCGCCGCAAGCUGUGGCUCACGUCGGCAAUCGGCAUGUUCUUUUCCUACGUUGUCAUUACCGCAUGCUCUGCCACUUACGCCAACGGUCAAGAUGGCGCUGGCAAGGCAGUCUUGGCCUUCUUGUUCGUCUUCUUCGCAUUCUACGACAUUGGCUAUACACCUUUCACCUUGUCAUACCCCCUGGAGAUUCUGCCCUUCAGCCUUCGUUCCAAGGGUGUGGCCAUUCUCAUGACCUGCGCCAUGGGAAGCAGUCUGUUCAACACCUACGUAAACCCGAUCGCUCUCGAACACCUCGCCUGGAAGUACUACUUCUGUUUCCUCGCUGUUCAGAUCUACGCCAUCGUCAUCAUCUACUUCACCUUCCCCGAGACCAAGGGCCGCAUGCUGGAAGAGAUCGCCGUCAUCUUUGACGGCGAGUCGGCUCGUCUCCCCGCCGAAAGCCACCUCCAGGAGGAGCAUGAGAUUAAAAAGGAGGCAGCGCAUGUGGAAAACAACCCUGGAUACGACAACGAGAAGGCGGCUUGA